UAUUCUCUUUAAGACUUUUCUGUGUCAUUAUACAAUUGGACCAGUGGUUGUCAUUCUCAUCCUAACAGAUAGUGCAAUCUUGAUAGACACACAAAGCUAAACCAACACAAUUUACACAUAGAAUCACUAACCAUUGACUUUUCAAUCUUUUACAUAUUCUUUGCUGCUGUAUUAUGAAAAGAAUCUAUUCACUUGUUAUUCUUCUUUGCCUCUUAGCCCUUUUGAUCAGUUCAAUAUAAAAAUCCUGUUUUUUCUUACCCAACCAGCAUGCUAAGUACCAAGAACAAGGCCAGUUACAAUCUCAUGUCCAACCCUACUUGACUUUAUAUAUGCAUGUGUUUAUGAGUAUUGUCUACUUCUGAUUGUUGUUCUGAAAGAGGGUUAGAUGGUUGUGAUGGAUUCAUUGGUUCUUGAUGAUAUAAUCAACAGAUUGUUACAAGUUAGGGGGAGAGCAGGGAAACAAGUGCUGCUGAAAGAGUCAGAGAUCAAACAGCUUUGCUUUUAUUCGAAAGAUUUGUUCUUGAAGCAGCCCACUCUUUUGGAACUUGAGGCACCUAUUAAAAUUUGCGGAGAUAUUCAUGGUCAAUAUUCUGAUUUAUUGAGGCUUUUUGAGUUUGGUGGCUUCCCUCCAAAAUCCAAAUAUUUAUUUUUGGGCGACUAUGUUGAUCGCGGAAAGCAAGGUCUGGAAACCAUAUGCCUUCUCCUUGCAUUGAAGAUAAAGUAUCCCAAGAACAUUUUCCUUCUGCGAGGCAAUCAUGAAUGUGCUUCUGUCAAUCGCAUAUAUGGAUUUUAUGAUGAGUGUAAGCGAAGAUUCAAUGUCAAGACAUGGAAAUUAUUUACGGACUGUUUUAAUUGCCUUCCUGUGGCAGCCCUCAUUGAUGAGAGGAUACUUUGUAUGCAUGGAGGUCUUUCACCCGAGUUAAACAGUUUAGAUCAAAUUAGGAAUUUAAAGCGUCCAGUUGAUGUUCCAGAGAGUGGCUUACUCUGUGAUCUACUGUGGUCAGAUCCUAGCAGAAAUAUUAAAGGGUGGGGAGCCAAUGAUAGGGGAGUAUCCUACACCUUUGGUGCCGAUAAGGUCACUGAGUUUCUUCAGAAGCAUGAUCUUGACCUUAUCUGCCGUGCUCACCAGGUAGUCGAAGAUGGAUACGAGUUCUUUGCAGAUAGACAACUUGUAACAAUAUUCUCAGCCCCUAACUACUGUGGAGAAUUUGACAAUGCCGGUGUCCUAAUGAGCGUGGACGACACUUUGUUGUGCUCAUUCCAAGUCCUGAAGCCUGAAGACAAGAAUCCGAAGUUAGUGUUGGGGAGCUUAAGCACAUUGCGAGGAAACCCUUUCACAAAAACAAAGUCAUUCGUUGGAGCAAGUAUGUGAGUGAAUUUUCGAGGUAUCUGUGGAGGCGAAUCAUCGGUGUGCCUGGUACAGAAUGCAGAUGUUAACAGAGUCCGAAGUUUCUUGUACAGGAGCAUGAAAAACUGGAAGCCAAGUUAUACAAAUUAGGAAUAAUGUAGGUUGGCUGUUGUGUAAUAGUUUUGAUGUUGAAAACCAGUUUUGAGAAUAUAUGCCUUGGCCUCAGGGAUCCUAAACUAUAGACUUGAUGCAACGGAAAGUCUGUCCGAGCAUGUAUAUAAAUUUGUAUGCAAGUCCUCUCUUGUAA